UUACCGUGACCCGCAACGUGUCAAACUUCACGUGCAAUGUUUAUUCACAACAGUGCAGCGGAGCCAAGGGAAAGACAAACUUCUUGUCCUUCUGUAGAAUAAUCUAAGUGAAAACAACAAGCAUUUGUUUUGAGAAGUGACCUACAGGCUCUUUUGGGGUAAUCAAACGAGAAGAAAGACGAAGUGAAGGAGGAAGUGGAAGAUUACAACGGGGAGAGAGAGAGUGCCGAGGGCAACGACAUAGUUGUUGAUCAUGGAAGACAGCUCCAUAACCGAUCUCAAGGAGGUGGCAAAACCGUGUGACCCUGAGGCACAGGAUCCUGAGCCACAGAACCUUGAGUCACAGGAUCCUGAGCCACAGAACAUUGAGCCACAGCAUCCUGAGCCACAGGACCUUGAGCCACAGGACCUUGAGACAACGUGCCCCAAGUGUCACAGUAACUUCGUCACGCCCAAAAUUUUACCAUGUGGUCAUCUCUUCUGCAAAGACUGCAUCGUAUCAGUCAUAGACUCACAGAUGCAGCCAUGUUGUCCUCGAUGCAAUAAUCCGUUCUUUUCUCCAGCAGAGAAAGAAAAAAGCAGUCCAGUCAUCCUGGCUGAGUCGCUGCCAACGGAUUUCGUGAUGGAGGCGCUGGCGAGGAGCGCUGACCUCCUCGCUCACGAACCCCUAUGUCGCGUGUGCGAUGACGUCAGGGCCGAGUCCAUCUGCUUGCAAUGCCGUGACAUGUUGUGCGCAGUGUGCACCAAUGCCCACAAAAAGUUGUCUAUGAGCAGCUCUCACGAGGUGGUGAGUCUCAGCACUGUCCCAGUUAAGAGUCUGGCUGUCACCCAACCUUUGAUGUGUCGUGUCCACACGGAGAAACAAGCGGAUUUUUUUUGCUCGGACCACAGCGUGGCUGUCUGCGGGUUAUGCAGCGUCAAGAAGCACCGAGAGUGUUCUCAGGUUCGAGAACUCGGUGAAGAAGUGGAGUCGGCGGAUAAUGCCCUCAACGGCAUGACCCAGGUCCUUGCACAGGUGGAGGAGAAGCUGCAGCAUGCCAUAGGUCAACUGAACGAACGUCUCCAUGAAGUUGACUUCAGCGAGCAGGAGGACACGAAAAGCGUGGACGACGCUUGCGAAUAUCUUCUGAAGCUGGUGAAGGAUUUCCAGAAGAAGCUAAAGGACAAAUCCCACGACUCACAUGAAAAGGUCAGGAAGUCACUGAGUGACGUCAAAAACGGCCUGGUCAAGCGGUCCGAAGAAGUGACGUCACACAAAAGUAUCGUGAGGCGCGCCAGAGAGGUGGCGGUCCUUCCGGCCAAGAUAGAGGUCAGCAAGACUCUGACGGAGAGGAUCAACGGCCUUGACCUCAAAGUCGUCCUGGAUCGGGACGUGGGGAAGGAUCCUGUGACGACCGCAAAGUUUUGUGAGGAAGUGGUCACAAAGGUAAAGAAAGAGUUGACGGAAGAAGAUGAUCCACCUAGGACGUCAAGGGACCACAAUCCACCAAUUUCUCCCAUCAGCCCUUGGGGUCCCUGGAGAGGACAUGACGUGGCCUAUUUUGAGGGCUGCGUAGUUACCUCGUACGAACCUUUACAGCCGAACACCUUGUAUCAGAUAAGGCUGGACGAAAAUUCUAAGAGAAGUCACAUGUAUUAUGGUGUGUCAGGAAACGACUCUGCCAGCGGUGAACGAAAGGGGCUAGUAUUUGCCGCGUGGAGGCAGGUGAGUACUGAAGGAAGUGUGGCUGGACUGAUGAUAGAUUCCUUGAACCAUCUUCACUUUUACCUUGAUGGAGAAGACAUAGGAACAGAGACAAAAGGUAUUCCACGACCCUGCUAUGCUCUUGUCAAGUUCAAACAUCAAAUGAAGGUAACAUGGCUUCCCUUAGACAGAAAAUUUGAUUGAAAAGGACGACGAUCUGGAGAAUGCUUAUUUGUUCCGCCAUGGUCUUGACAAUCACUUCUGUGUUAUCUGCGAUGGAAAUCUCUCCACGUACUACUCCAUCGAAAAAAAUCUUUUUUAUGAUGAAGCAUUUGCUGUAAAUAAGCCUCUACCCUUUAGUGUAUCUGGGAAAUGUAUGCUAUAAUGCUAUGCGAUACAUCAAAUACAUAAAUAUAUUUUAGCAAUAACAUUUCAGUUCUGUUGAUAGGUAUGCACUGAGAAUGUCACAUAUGUCUAUAUAUAUGUGUGUGUGUAUACAUGUCCUGAAAAUGGUCGUUAAUGUUGUUGCGUGUAAUGGUCAUUUGCCUUUUGACAUACUUAGAUGUUCAUAAUAUUUUUGCAAUCAAACAAAUGUUUUCGACAUUAAGAUUUUUUAAAACUAUGUAUUUAAAGUUCGUUCUUCGUUCAUCAUUAAAGUUAUUAAUAACCAUAUGUACUCCUAUUUGUGCAUUAGUAUAUUUUGAUUAUAUCCUAAUUUCCUGCUUUCGUGUCUUUAAAAAAAAGGUUUUCAUCGCCAAAUAUUAUUGAUGUCGUUCUAAGAUAUUCUGUAUUUUUUGUAAUAAAGUUAAUUGUCACUUAUAGGUGUGUGUAAAAAAUGCCAAAUGGCAGGAUGAAAGAUAGUUUUCUUCUUUCUUUUAUUCAGUCUUCUUCCCUGUUCAUUUCUUCAUCUUCACAAACUAUGUUUCAUAUAUUUAUAUUUAAUACU